CAUUCAUCAUGAAGGUCGCGCUGGUUCUCGCCCUGGUGGCUUGUGCUGCUGCCAUGCCCUCUCCUGACCCCGGCUUCGUCUACUCCUACACCCAUCCACUCGCCUACUCCUCCUACCCAUCGUCAAGACUGUCAAGGCAGACACCCCCGCCAGCACCUCCCCUCGUCUACUCCUACGGUCACAACCUUCCCCUCAACUACGGGUACCCCUACGGCCUCCCCUACGGCCUCCCCUACAGCUACCCCUACAGCUACCCCUACUUGGUCAAGGCCGACCGCCGAGGAGGAACCUAUGGAACGCCACCAGAGGCCGCCGACCACGCCUUCUUCACGCUGAACCACGGACCACUUACAACGGACGACUCUUCCUGGACCAUUCAAUUCCUGCCGACGCCACGCGAGGUCGCUUGA